UUCUUUCAAAGUUAUUUCUCAUUGAUUGAUGCCUGCCAUAAAAAUUAAUUUAGUACCUUUCUUCAGCAUCAUUCAAUACAUAAUCUUGAAUAUAUUGGUUGAUACAUAUUUGAUAAAAUCAUAUUCAUUUAUGAUUAACCACAAAGUACUCUUCUGACAUAGAGAAAUUGGUUGGUAGCUUGAGGAGCAAAGUUGGUACUACUGCUAAGAAAAUUUCAGCAUCAAUGGCUGAUUUUAUGGGAUCAAAGGCUUAUUGCUGCUUCAAGUGCCAGAACCUUGUUGCUUUCCAUGAUGAUAUUGUUUCCAAAGAUUUCCAGGCAAGCAGUGGUAGAGCUUUUCUUUUCUCUCAUGCAAUGAACAUUAGUUUGGGACCCAAAGAAGAUAGACAACUCAUCACUGGUCUUCACACAGUUGCUGAUGUUUAUUGCUCAGAUUGUGGUGAAGAACUUGGUUGGACAUACAUUAAGGCUUAUGAAGAAUCACAGAAGUACAAAGAAGGAAAAUAUGUACUAGAGAAGUUCAAGAUAGUAGUUAGAGGAAGCCAAACAAACCUAGAAAAUUAUUAUGAUGACUGAUUUGAUUCUUCUUGGGUUAAGUCAUUUGAUCCUGAAAUUGUUCAUAGGAUUAUUGUGAAUUUUCUUGGAAAAGUUGAUUCAUUAGAAGUGUGGUGAAUGUAAAUGGAUUUUAAGACCAAUCAAAUUAAGUUGUCAAAUUACAGUUUCUUUAGGUUAUAUUUGAAUAUUGUGUUUGGUCCAUGUGGUUAGAAGAAUGAAUCAAAUAGAAAAUAAACAAAUGACAGAAGGUAAUAGAAGAUCAUACAAGAAUAUUUAUAUGUAAAGUGUUAUUGUAAACAUGAUAUCAGUAGAACACAUUGAUGUUAUUUGAUCUAUUUAGUCGAUUUUGUGGUAUAUUUGAUUAAAAGAAGACAUAAUACAAG